AAACAAAUCAGUUGUUUAAAAGAGCAUUGGGUAGCGGUGGACGAAGUUAGUUUAGAAAGCGAAUUCAUAUUCGCUUUUAGUGUUUUACAAAUAUAAAAUUUUUGUUUAGUGAAUUUAGAAAGAAAAAACUAAUAAUGGGUAGUUCGCAAUCGGCUUUAAAUUUCGGCGCUGGACCGGCAAAAUUGCCACGAGAGGUUCUUGAAGAAGUGCAAAGAGAAUUUCUCUCGUACCAAGACAGCGGGAUGAGCUUAAUUGAAAUGAGUCAUAGAAGUAAAGAAUAUACAAAAAUCAACAACGAUUCACAGAGUAUUAUCAGAGAACUUUUAAAUGUACCAAGCAAUUACAAAAUAAUCAUGAUGCAAGGUGGAGGAUGCGGCGCUUUCGCAGCCAUCGCGAUGAACCUUUUAAACAGAACCGGUACCGCCGAUUACGCUGUAACCGGAACCUGGUCGGCCAAAGCUGCAAAAGAAGCUGCAAAAUAUGGUGAAGUCAAUCUAGUAUUUCCAAAAGCCAAUAAACCCGGCAGCAUACCUGACCAAAGUACUUGGAAGCUAAAUCCUAAUGCUUCUUAUGUAUAUUAUUGUGAUAAUGAGACAGUGGAUGGUGUUGAAUUUCCUUACAUUCCAGAAACUAAUGGCGUUCCUUUAGUUAGUGAUAUGUCAUCCAGUAUAAUGACGAAAAAACUAGAUAUUUCUAAGUUUGGCGUCAUUUUUGCUGGUGCCCAGAAGAACAUUGGACCAUCUGGUGUAGUAGUCGUUAUAAUUAGAGAAGAUCUAUUGGGAAAUCCCAUGAAAUGCUGUCCAUCCGUAUUCGAUUUUACGCACAUUGCGAAGGAAAAUUCUGUUCAUAAUACACCGUCAACUUUUUCAGUGUACGUAAUGGAGAAGGUCCUCCAAUGGAUUAAAAAAAAUGGUGGCUUGGAAGAAAUGCAAAAUCAAGCAUUACAGAAAAGCUCUCUCUUAUACAACACCAUGGUCCAAUCUCAAGGUUUCUACAGCUGUCCCAUCGACGAAAACUGCAGAAGCAGGAUGAACGUACCAUUCAGAGUAGGAUUUAAUGGUGGAGAUGAAAAACUUGAAGAGCUCUUCUUAGUGGAAGCAGAAAAACUGAAGAUGUACCAACUCAAAGGUCACAGAUCUGUCGGUGGUAUCAGAGCUAGUUUAUAUAACGCUGUGUCUUUAGCUGACGUUCAAUUAUUAGUUAAAUUUAUGAAUGAAUUCCAAAAACAACAUGGAUCUAAGUAAAAUAUUACUGAAGUAAAUAAAUGUGACAAGGAUUCGUUCUUGUCAGUAAACUUUUCGAGACAUUUUUAUUAUUUAUAGGUUUGUUUUUUAUAUUUUAUAUGCUGUA